UCUUUCAGCCCCCGGACAAAAACAUGGCUAUAGCUGCAGUUACCGAGGCGGAAACCCGGCUGUGUGGCAACUGCAAAAAGGAUAUUCCUGUUGCUAAUUUCAUCAUGCAUGAAAUCCACUGUAGCAGAAAUAUUGAAGUAUGCCGCUACUGCAGUGAAUUAAUCCCAAAGUCUGAAAUGAAGAACCAUAUUGAGUCUGAACACGUGCAGGUUACCUGCAAGUGUAGGAUGAAGAUAGAAAAAUGUCUCUUGAAGGAUCAUGAGGCGUCAGCGUGCCCUCUGCGUCCUGCUGUCUGCCAGUACUGUGACAUACAGCUCACUUUCAACAAGCUCCAGGACCAUGAAAUUUACUGCGGAGCUCGGACUGAGAGAUGUGGUGGGUGUGGUCAUAACGUCAUGGUGAAAGAUCUAAAAGAGCAUCCUCGAGUCUGUGGGCAAGAGGCGAAACAAGUAAGAGGAAGCAGAACAGUGCCUCGCUUCGAGGAUGAGGAUGCAGAUUUGCGUGCCCUUCGAGACAUUAGAAACCGACUAAGAUCAGAGGAUGAACUGGAGCAGCUGGAGAGAAAUGAAAACACUCAUUCUUCACUUUAUGAAGAGUGGGACGCCGAUUUAGACUACGUGUUGGCUCUCAGCCUACAAAAUGAGAAUAAUCCUCACAAUAAUACUGCAGCUGAAAUUCCCAGUGACUUCUGGGAAAACUACUACACCAAAGAGUCUGUGCCAUCGGCCUGUCUUAAUGAAACAGACAAGUCAAAUAUCUUCUCCUGUGACUCUUUAGUGUCAAACCACAUAAAAAACGACGAGAUCAUCAUGUUGCCCUGUGAAUUUUGUGAGGAGCUUUACCCUGCCGAAGAUCUGAUUCUUCAUCAGACAGGUUGUAACCCAGCAAGUGCCUUUGCCUCCUUCAGUAAAAGAAGGUCUUCUCCAAAUACACGAGAAUAUGAUGGUCUGCGUGCUGCUGGGCCCAAAAGCUGUAGGUCUCUCUCUUCAUCCCAGCCCCAAGCUGUCCAGGCAGAAGGAAACAUUAUGAUUCCAUGUGAAUUUUGUGGCAUCCAACUGGAAGAGGAGACACUCUUUCAUCACCAGCACCGUUGUGAUCUGCGCCCGGCCAGCCCAGCAGCCAGCCUGCCAUCUCAGCAGCUGCUGUCUCCUCAAGCCAACAGAGAGAGAAGAGAAUCACCAGAGCUGGCUCGGAGACGAAUCAGGCAUCAAGGAGAUGUUUCUCCUCAGUGCAUAGGCGGCUUUGGGCAGCAGAGGCUCAGCUAUCCUGCACAAGGGACCAAGUCACUGAGUAAUACGGCAAAUGCCGGGAGCGCACCGUUGUCCUCUUCAGCGAGAGCUAGCGAUGCUCCCGACUCGAGAGGGAAGCCCAGGAAGGUGGCUGGCAGUGAGGGAAGACCGAAGAACAGAGGCGUGAGUGAAUCUGCAGGUGGGACAAGGCCCCGUGCGAGACCUACUCAGAACUUUCAUUCAGAAGCCUUCACAUCCAGCUUCUCGAGAACUUCUCCAACCCAACCAAGCACCAGCAAUGGAGGAGGAAGGAGCCUCGGGAUGUCGGAUGGUCCAGCCAGCUUCAGGCGCAGGAACACAAAGGUAAGGCAGCCAGCGCAGCAUCUGGUCAGCCAGAGGAGGAGUAAUCCACCACCUGGGAAAAACACGUUUAGCACUCUACGCACCAUCGCUAUGCGCUCUAGUUCUUGUUCAUCUGAGCGCAAGUAAAUUCCUAUAUUGCCAUGUCAUUGAAGACUUUCUAUGAAUUUACAUUUUUAUAGGCAGUGAUCACUUUAUAUAUAUAUUUUUUUUUUUUUUAAAUUUGUGAGAGCAUACUACGGGUUCUUACUUCUGUGAUCUAUACUAGCAACAUCCCAAGACAGCAAAUACACUUCUGCCUUGGGAACCGCCUGGGUUAUGUUUCCGUACUGGCUCUGACACCCCGUGAAGGAGAUGUUUUGACAUCCUGAUCUUCAAGCAUGUGCCCUGCUGCUCUUGUGCGAGUUAGUUAUUCUGCAGACAGCUACAGCAGAUGAAAAACAAAAGCAAGCUGUCAGCCAGGACGAUGCGGGGGAAGAGGUGGGCCUAGGAGCUUACCCGAGUCCUUUGGAGGACAGGCUCCGAGGCUGGCACGCUGGAGAACACCCGACGCUGCAAGGGCGGUUGGUCUGGGCAGUUCCGAACUGAACUCCGUUGCAUCGAGUGGUUUGGCUCAACGUGUCCUCUGCUGAAGGGAGGGGUAACGGGGCGUCGCUGGAGACCUUGCAGCUGAGCCUGUUCCUACAGCUUAACAGCGCGGCUCACCGGCUCUGUGGCUCAGCCAGGCGAAGCCGUGCGCGCCUCGGGAUGGAGGGGUCUGCGCCUCCAGCUGCACGUCCUCGGCUGUUACCAGACAUGCCCAGGACACGGAGAGUGUCAGUGGAGAAGCUCUGAGCCCACGGCUGUGUUGUAAAACGCUUUUUAAUGCUGUAUUAGUCCAUGCUUUUUAAAUUCCUUCUAAUAAAAUUUAUCUAAUGAUGUC